CUAGGUAUCCCCCUUUCCUUUCCACUCUCACUCAGUUUCAAAAUCUUUCUCCCUACUGAACAAGACAGUGCUGCUCACUGUUUAAGGCACUGUUCGUUGAGGUGACGAAAGAGUUAAGAUGCAUGAACGGCGUGCGUGGAGCCGGUCUAACAUGUGCCGCUGUCCUGGCUAGUGGCUACUACUGCAGUCCAUGAAGGAUCGGACAGUGGAGGGACCGGGAACGGUGUGCCGGUAACAGGACGGUGAGACUUCGCAUGGUCUGUUAGUCCAUAUAGCACAUAAAUGAUUGGCUCUGCUGCAUCCGGUAGGACCACCGCAGCGACAAUAUUACGACCUGUAUUUCUCGUCCACUAGAUAAAAAGAGAGGGAUGGUCAUUAUGGUGUAAUGGGGACCUCUCACACACCAAACCAACCAUUAGACCAAAAGAAAAUCCUUGAGGUCUCAAAGUGACAUUUGGGCAUAAAACUCUCAGGUACGACUACCUCAUCACGAAGGCGUGGCGAUUCCAAAUAACCCCUACUACAAUGGCAACCACAGCCCCUACGCCGGUGCCUCUGACGGUCCUGUGUCGCUGGUACCUGUAUGCCAUCCAUGGCUACUUCUGUGAGGUCAUGUUCACCGCCGCCUGGGAGUUUGUGGUCAACCGUGACUGGAAGUUCCCUGGUGUUACCAGUGUGUGGGCUCUGUUCAUCUACGGGACCUGCAUCCUCAUUGUGGAGCACAUGUACCUGGCCCUCCGAGCUCUCCACUGCCCCCUGCUGCUGCGAUGCCUCAUCUAUACCCUAUGGACGUACAUCUGGGAGUUCAGUACAGGGCUGUUGUUGACCCAGUUCGGGGCAUGUCCCUGGGAUUAUUCCCAUUUUCAGUAUAACUUCAUGGGGUUGAUCACGGCAGAGUACGCCCUGCCAUGGUUCUGUGCGUCGUUCAUGACAGAGCAACUGGUUAUACGCAACACACUGCGGCUAAGGAUGGACACAGACGGAACAGAGGACGUCAAGUCUGAUGCAGGCAGGGGAGAAGAUGGGGGAGGAGGGGGGAGGAGACAACGGGGUGAACAAGCAGGUACAGAAGUCAAUGGUUUCCUGAAAGUGGACUGAGGUCUGAUCAAAGAACACUGAGGUCCGAUUUUCAAGACACUGAUAAACCCAAUAGUGGACUAAAAAGCCUUCUCAAUGGAUAAUCUCUAUUGAAAGUGAUUUUUAGUCCAGGACUAGGCUUAAUCUGGGUUCAGGAAAUGGUCCCUGAAUCGUAACUCUUCCUUCAGGGAAAUGUACACUGUAUUUUUAUUUAACAACAUUCAAAGUACUGUAGUUAUGUAGCUUCUGGUUGCAAUCUGAAGUAAGUUCUGUAUUGACUAUCAAAUUUGACUGGGUCCUAAAGCAAUGCAAUAGCUUCAAUUCAUUGUCAUGUGGAGAAUGUUUUUCUAAAGUUAGUGAUAGAGUUCUGUAUGCACUGCAGUCUGUUUCAAAAGGCAAUUGAUUUAGAGUAGUCUACAACUCAGUUACGUGUACUCUUAUAAUGUACUGUGUGUAUUGCACAUGCCCAAGCCUGCUAUAUGAAUGGUGUUUCAGGUACCUACAUUAACUGUGGGCUAUAUCUACUGUUCUUCCAAAUGAAAGAAAUCAGGAUUUCUAUGUUCAGAAUCAGAACCUUGGCAAUGUCUAGAGUUACCCUCCUGUGGAUUUGCACUCUAUCCCUAUUUGUCAUUUUAUUUUACCUUUAUUUAACUAGGCAAGUCAGUUAAGAACAAUUUCUUAUUUACAAUGACGACCUAGGAACAGUGGGUUAACUGCCUUGUUCAGGGGCAGAACGACAGAUUUUUACCUUGUCGGCUCAGGGAUUUGAUCUAGCAACCUUUCGGUUACUGGCCCAACACUCUAACCACGAGGCUCUAACCACGAGGCUUCCUGCUGAGCUAGGUUCAGUUUAUCAACCAGCUAAUUAUUACAAUCAGGUGCGGUAGAUUAGGGUUGUGGUGAAAACCUACAGGAGAGUAGUGCUCUAGGAAUUGAUAAGAUACUGCACCUGAAAGCUUGAUCUGAAGUCUCGUAUGAAUACUCUAUUGCCACAAAUCUUUCCCAACGUCCAAAUCCAGAGCUGGUGUGAGAUUUGGUUCUGGGUUCCUUCAGAGGUUAUAUUGGCACCAACAACGACCAUAGGAUUUGACAAGACAGCACAAACAGAUGUGGGACCAUAGAGAUAGAAUUACAUUCUGUGUGUGGGACAACCAGGCUACCUCAAGCCAGGCGGAUUCAAAAGCACUAGAUCAACAAUGCAAAGUGAUGACGAUUAUAGUUAUUUUUUUCAAUCGCUUUGGUGCUAUUUUCACAAGUAUGUGGGGAAUUUUCAAAACUCUUAGUACAAAACUCCAAACUGUAACGCACUUGUAAAACUUUUUGUGCAUUAAUUUUGUUUGAAGACAUCUUUCACCACACAACCAUUGAUCCAAAGAUCCAAGUUUACUGUGAAAUACAAUGAGAACAUUGAUUUAAUCACCAAAACACAACAACAAUAUCUUCUCAAUUUAGUUAUUUUAACAACCAGUUAAUCAAUAGUAAGAAAUGCAAAAAAUACAUGUUUAAAGAUUGCCCUUUGAAUGUAACGUGCUACUGUACUAUAAAUUACUGUACAUUACACUGUUUUCACAUUACACUUGCGAAAUAUGUAUUUCUAGACGAAACAGAUUGUUUGGUGAAAAAGUGAUUGUAUGAUUCUGUGUGUUGUACUUAGGCAAUUGAACAUUUGCUUAUAGUUUUGAAACAACUGCCUUUUUAAUGAUCUGUUUUGAGUUUUGUUGAACAGUUGUGAAACUGUCCAACAUAUUUGUGAUAAUUGCACUAAAGGUAUUUACAUAUUUAAUUAAAAAAUGUAUUUAAAAAUGUAGUCCCUAACUGGUUAUUUGAGUCUAAUUUACAACUACUGGUAUAUGUCAGUAGGCCUAGAACAUUGGGUGCUGCUAAUGUCUUUAUACAAGAAAUCCAUUGCUUUGAUGAUACAAUUAUAGUAAUGAGAAUUUACAAGCCACACAAAUGAAAUAUGCAAUGGAAAGUGUGUGUGUGUCUGCAUGUUUAGUGAUGGUGGGGAGAUGCUGAUCUCUCACCACAUAAACCUAAGACUUAGUAUGCAUGUAACAAAGUUAUUUAUUUUCUUGGUUUGACAAAAAUAAAACUAAUAUUAUGAAAUACUGCACUGUAUUCUAUCACACAUUUUAACGAUGUAUUGUGUAUAGUUUGUGGAAUAAAUGUAUUUAUUUGACCAUAAAA